AUGGAGCUGAUCAGGCGAGAGCAGCAACGAGUCCAGACUUUGAAGCCAACAAAAUAUGUUCCUGAUAACAGCAGUACCACGGCACGGAGGUAUCAGCUGCUUCAGGACAGAGCCGGGAACUUCAUUAGUUAUCACGCCGUGGGGGAAGAGAUGGGGACUCCACGGGGUCUUAUGGGAGCAUCUUUCAUGUGUUACCUCAAUGAUAUCCUCGACUAUGAGAGAGACGUAUUGUGUGGCGAAAGCAACAACUUAGUUCGAAGUCUCACCAGCGAUCAGCAAGUUGUGGAUGCUGCGGCAUGGACCCUCGAAGGCCUGCGCUGGUCCAUGGAUAACCACGACUAUGACCUGACCGACCUUUUGAUCGGCACCAUUGCUCUUUACCUAGUUUUUUGGAGGUACAAUGCACCUAAACUGGCAAGAUAUUCUGCGAUCAGCAUCCGGGACAGGAUACCCGGCAGACCGCCCGAAUUGGAAGACGUUGCGGAAAUCAUUCGUCCAGUGGCAGUAACAGUCAACAAGUUGGAAUCGUAUGGAGAAUCAUACAAGAGAGUUAAGGAGAAGGUUCGGAGACUGUAUUGGGGUUGCACUUGUUAUAACCCCGACACCUCUCCGGAAGGGCAUGAGGCAUGGAAGCUAUUGGCACAAGCGUUUGAUGAAGGAGGCAACGAUGACAUCGAGGAACGCUUGAUGGUUGCUGUCGUUGCCCUGAACAAUGGUGCAAAUGACGGCGAUCUGCGGUGUGAGUGCGGCAUGGAUCUCUUACUGUAUGAAAGCUUCGUUCGAUUCCUUGACCCGGAUACAGGACUUGUCGCGCGACUGCAUUACCGAUCCGGUAACAUCGAACUUGGAAACACAAUCACCGAGUAA